GGGGCGGGGCUGAGGCUCCCUCCUCCUGAGACCUCGGUCCUUGCUGCGGCUGAAUCCCGGAAGCAAGGUGGCGGGCUCCGGUGCCGGUACGACGGGGGACUGCGGCGCGAGCAUAAGGUUCAGAUGUGGCGCUCUUGGGUGGCGACUUUGUGAACCAAAGAGACCCGCGGUCUGUCCUGUCCCAUCCUGUAACUGGGAAAGGUAACGGCAGAAGCAGCAAUGUUUAACUUGUUCAGAAAGCCUCUGGAAUCUAAGAAGCCGUCAGUACCCGAGACAGAGGCAGACGGCUUUGUCCUUUUAGGAGAUACAGCACAUGAGCAAAGAGUGGCAGCAAGAGGCGAAACUUCAGAUGCAGAAGACAACCAGCCUUUGGGGACUGGCAAAGAAAACUCAUCCAGUGUGACUGUAGCAGGGCCUGAGACGGAAAACAAGGCAGGCCAGACCCUGGAGAACAGCUCACUAAUGGCCGAGCUCCUGAGCGACGUACCCUUCACCUUGGCCCCACACGUGCUGGCCGUGCAGGGCACCAUCAGUGAUCUUCCUGACCACUUACUCUCCUAUGAUGUCAGCGAAAACUUGUCAAGGUUUUGGUAUGAUUUCACUCUUGAAAACUCAGUACUUUAUGGUUCAUAAUCUUUAUGUCUGUGUGCACCUUAACAAACUUUGAAACAAAAGUUUGCCGAUUUUAUUUAACUUGUCUGAUGUUUUUUGUAAAGGCCCUUAAAGGUCCUCAGAAAGCAAGGAUCAUGAAGCAGAUAAUAAUAUAUUCAUUGCUCUAUUUUUUAGAAUAAAGCAUAUUUGUAUAAAAAUUAAACCUAAGAUCUACUUCCUUUUCCCCUAGUAAUAAAUACAAAGAUUAAUUUAUCAAGGUUUUUUGAAAGAUAUUGUCAACUAGUCUCUCAAAAUAUAGUACCUCACAUGUAUCUUAGAAAAACUGAAAAAGAACUGAGGCAUUUUUUUUUUUUUGGCACAACUCUGAAAUCUCUACUUAGAGUGUGACUUCUCUGGUUUGGAGGAAAACUUAAUGUUAUCCCCUUUCUCCUUCCACUGUGUUUAUGAAUGAAUUCAGACCAAAAAAAAAAAAAAAAGUUGCUAGUUAGCUUAAUUUCUUCAAUCUUAAUUGAGACAUUGAUGUGGAAAUUUACAACUUUUCCUAGAAAGCAGCAGUAGUUUGCUGAGACAAGAACACUGUAUGAAGAAUGCUCCGGAUACUUGUUUCUUUUGAAUGACAGCUUUUCCUUAAGCCCAUGGCAGUCUUCUCCACCUUGAUGGAGACCCAGGUUCCUGGCUUUAUUUUUUGCUAUUUCAUGGUUUGCUCUCUCACCAGCUUUACAAGAACAUCCCCUGCUUCUGCCUCAGUUGGCAUUUUCUCUCCUUACCUCCUGUAUUUCUGGUUUAUGAAGAGACCCGCAUUCCUUUCCAGCCUCUCUGCCUCCCAGAGAAAAGAAGCUUGUGAUGAUAUGUAUUAUUGCUGAUAUUAUUGCUGCCACUGGCCCAUAAACUAUAAAGGGAAGAGAUGCGAUAGAGUAUUUUCUAUGCCUUGGAAAAUUUUAAUUACAUCUGUUCCGAUUAGUGGCAAUACAGUUUUUUGACUCUGUGCCAAAUCUUAUAUUUUUCAUGAAGAUAGAGUGCCAUAGCAAAACUAAACACUGUGCAUAAUAAUACAUGAAUUAAGUUUUACUGUGGCAUGCAUGUUUGUUUAAUAAAUGUGGCAUGGUCUUGAUAAACUGUUACAUGAUUUAAGAGUUAAAUGUACAUUUAUAUUGAUAAAAGUUUGCUUUAUUUACAAAUAAUGGUACCAUCUGAGGUGAAUGAUUAAAUCAGAUCUUUACAUAGUUUUCAUAAAACAUCAGUCUAGGAAAUCUAAUUUAUUACUAAGACAAAUGUGAAUAUUUUAUAGCAGUUUUUGUGAAAACAUUUUUUUCAAUAUUCAUGUGAAUAUACCUUAACACCAAAUGGUAAGCAUGUCAUCAAUUUGUCUGAUAUGUGUUAAAUUUUGUCUGAAGUACUUAUACAUUUCAUUUAUAUGUAUGUCUACCAUGUUUAAUUAUUCUUACAAGUAUUUUAAUUUGUCUAUAAAAGAUAAAUAAACAUUAAUUUUAAAAACUGA